AUGGGGACGACGAAAAGACUGAAGAUAACAGUGGUUGGCGAUGGUAUGGUAGGCAAGACGUGCCUGCUAUACGUGUUCACUAAGGACGAAUUUCCCGAAGAAUAUGUACCCACAGUGUUCGACAAUUACGUCGGUCACAUCACGGUGGACGGAGAAGAGGUAGAGAUCGCACUAUGGGACACUGCUGGCCAAGAGGACUAUGAACGGUUAAGGCCACUAUCUUACACACACACAAACUGCUUCCUCGUGUGCUAUUCAGUGGGCACUCGUUCGUCAUUCGAAAACGUGAUCCACAAAUGGUACCCAGAGCUAAAACACUUCAAUGAAAAAGUACCCAUUGUAUUAGUUGCUACUAAAACUGAUCUGCGAGCAUCGGGCAACGCAGUUGUCACUACACAGGAAGGAAAGAAAUUAAAAAAGAAAAUUAGAGCGGUGCAGCUGGUGGAGUGCUCGGCGCUGGAGAGAGUCAACAUUCACGAGGUCUUCGAGGAGGCCGUGCGCGCCGCUCUACGCAAAACCCCCGUGCACAAGCGCACCUGCCAGUAUCUCUGA